GAGUGAAUGAAAGUUGAAGAUUGGAGAAGACACAAGGAGAGGAGUCUCUAUUCUCACUCAAUCAAACAUAUGAUGACUCACAUUAAGGCUUAAACCACGUUAGAAAACCUUCUGCAGACAGUUUAACCUGGACCGCACCGUGGCGGUUGGAGGUCAUACCAAUGGAUUUUGUUAUAGCAGCAUCGGUUGCAUCAUGCUCCAGUUUCACUAAUGAACACAUGGAAACUGUACGACAGAAGGAGGUGUGCAGUAAUCAUGGCGGCUGCUGAGAGAAUGACAAUCACGCCCGACUGCAUCUACUCCACUGUCAACAGGGUAAAGAAGUGCUGUGCCAUUGAGAGAAGUGAUCUUCAUACUGCCUCGGUGGAAAACAAGAAAGCUGGGCCAAAGAGAGAGGGGGCACCAAAACUCCCCUUCACCCCGUUAGACAACCUGAACAACCAGAGGGAGGAAUCACCCAUGAUGGCUCACAGGAGGUCAAGCUUUGACCGUCACAGCAAUGAAAACAACCUCUUGGUGGGCAACAAGAUCCCCAGAUCCAAUGGAGGCAAAAUCAAGGACAAGAUUUCUCUGUGGGAGGGGAAGGAACCCACAAAUUCACUCAUUACCUCAGGUUCUUUGGGCCAGUGUGCCACCAUGAAAAGGACAGAAUCCCUCAUAAAAAACAGUAAAACUUCUGAUGAGCAGAGCGCAGAGAGUUUCAGGAGAGUAACCCACAAGGAAAAGGAAAAUCUUGGGAAAGAGAAUGUUGGAAAACUUGUCGAUUCAAGGCCUUGCUCACCUGUUGAAAAUGGGAAACAGCAAAGAGGGACGUUUAAGACCAGCAAGCCCACUGAGAACCAAAAAGGAGAGGAUAGCAGUCACAAAGAAAAGCAGGCUUAUGAAAAAGAGAAUGUAGAAAAGCUUAGGGAAUCAAGGCCUCAUUCUCCUACAGCAGCAGUGCAGCAGCCGGUGGGGACGUUGAGGAGAAGCAAUGAAAGGAGAUCAGCUGAACAGAGCAGCCAGGAGAAAAGAGCAGUAUUCACCCUUUUUAAAAACCUGGAGGCUAUGGGGGAGAACCAUGGCAAAACUCCUCCUGAGCUUGGAAACUACUUCUGCCCAGCUAACAAGGACAAACAGGUAGUUAUGGGUCAAACUGGUGCAGGGAAAGGGAUGCAACACCAGGAGAAUGUGUACACGGAGCCGGGGGCGCCCCCCAUCAACCCAGUCCCCAAACCACAACGCACCUUUGAGCAUCCAGCUAACGCCACCAUUGGGAGGAGUCAGAGGAGAGAGCAGAGAAACCUCCCCCCACUGCCCUCCUUCUCUACAAAAACUGCCUAUAAACCUCCCUCUGGUGUCUAUGGGAGGCCGAGGGGUGAGAAAGUCCGAGACAACGUCAACAGGAAAUCCUUUGAGUUUGAAGACCUCGCAGGGUCAACUAGCCCACUUUUCUCUCGUCGACCAUCUCAGGAGCAUCACUAUGAAGACAUUGCAGAUUCAUCCAAAGAAAACCCAUAUGAGGACAUCGAGCUGGAGAGUCAAUGCUCCCAGCAGUCUUUGCCCUCCUCUCCUGGCGCUGAUACUACCAAGAUGUCGAGGCCUGGCUUCUUCAGGCAGAAUUCAGGCAGGAGCUUUAAGCUGCUGGACCUGCGGAGAAGCAACCACUCGCCCCAUAGCACCAGCAGCGGGGGGGUUUCAUCUCCACCUCAGCUCAGCCCUCCCUCCACUCCCACUGCGCCCGAACACACUUCCUGGCUGCCCGGGGAUCCCUACAGCCGCACCUGCCGCAGGAUACCAACGGUCGUGCUAAGAAUCAAUAGCAUUUUCGAGGCCCGGAUCGGGAAGAAACAUCUACGAAGGAUCUAUCAUUACGCCGAGACAAGCUCAGGCAGAGUAUCAGACGAGAACAGUGACUCUGAGAGUGAAGCUGAAGAAAGAGCCAAAGCUCAUCGUCAGCGUCUCGUGUCAGUCCAGUCCAUCCUGAGCCAGCCAAACCAGGCCCACUACAACGGCACCAACAGCAGGAACAGCUCUCUGGAACAGGAGCUCCACCAGCGUCUUCUCUUUGAGUAUUUUCUGGUUGUGUCGCUGCAGAAGUCGAAGGGUAGUGCCCACUACUUGCCGGAGGUCACACAGCAAUUCCCUCUAAAGCUGGAGCGGAGCUUCAAGUUCAUGAGGGAGACGGAGGAUCAGCUGAGGAUCAUUCCUCAGUUCUGCUUCCCUGAUGCGAAAGACUGGGAACCUGUGGAGAACUUCCCAAGUGAGAUGUUCUCCUUUGUUUUGACUGGAGAGGAUGGGAGCAGAAGGUUCGGAUACUGCCGGCGUUUACUGCCCAGUGGAAAAGGCAAACGUCUACCAGAGGUCUACUGUAUUGUCAGUCACCUUGGCUGUUUCAACUUGUUCUCCAAGGUGCUGGAUGAGGUGGAGAGGAGGAGGGCUUUGUCUCCAGCCCUUGUGCAGCCUUUCAUGAGAGCCAUCAUGGAGGCUCAGUUUCCAGCUCCAGGCAGAACCAUCACCAUUAAAACUUUCCUCCCCGGCUCAGGCACUGAGGUGAUGGAGCUCUGUCGUCCCUCUGACUCGCGUCUGGAGCAUGUGGACUUUGAGUGUCUGUUCUCUUGUCUGAGUCUGCGUCUGCUCCUGCGGGUGUUGGGGUCUCUGCUGCUGGAGCGAAGGGUCAUCUUCACCGCUGACAAACUCAGUACUCUCUCCCAGUGCUGCCAUGCUGUGGUGGCGCUGCUUUACCCCUUCGUGUGGCAGCACACUUACAUCCCUGUGCUACCUUCAGCCAUGCUGGACAUCGUCUGCACACCAACCCCGUUCAUCGUUGGCCUGCUGUCUAGCUCCCUGCCCCAGCUCACUGAGCUGCCCCUGGAGGAGGUUCUGGUUGUUGAUCUUGGAAAUAGUCGAUUUCUCAGACAGCUGGAUGAUGAGGACUCUAUCCUGCCCUCAAAGCUCCAAUCAGCCCUGGAGAAUGUUCUGGAGAGAAGAAGAGAGCUCGCCAGUGACAGAGGAGGAGACACGCCUGGUGAUUCUGGUCAUCUUAGCACCGUUGUGUCAGAGGCCUUCGUUCGGUUCUUCGUGGAGCUGGUAGGUCACUAUCCACUCUUCAUCACCGGUGAACGGGAAGACGGUUACUCCUCCUCUUCCUCCUCCCCGGUCCCCUGCUCCUUCCAGCGUGAGGGUUUCCGUAAGGCGAUCCCGUCUAAGACAGUACGUCGCUUCCUAGAGGUCUUCAUGGAGACGCAGAUGUUCGGCUGGUUCAUUCAGGAGAGAGAGCUCCACAGGCAGGCGCUGAGAGGACUGUUUGAAGUGAGGGUGCAGGAGUAUCUGGACUCCAUCCACGAGAAUGAACACCGGAGGGUCAACAGGUUUCUCAAAGGCUUGGGAAACAAAAUGAAAUUUCUUUCCAAGAAAUGAUUCACAAGAAGAGACGAAAACUAAAAAAAAAAAAACAGAAGAAGCACUGAAACAAGGAAAGACUUCACGGACCGCAGAAAUAUGACAAUUGAGUGCUCUUCCGGGCCAUCCUCUGAAAGACUUUUGUUUAAAUACUCAUGAUACACAUACAAUGAUAAACCACACCUCCCACCAACAGAAAAUCCUGCUGUGUUUCAAAUGAGUCAAGAAUUCUUUACAAGGUUCCUGGUUGGUACAUUUUUGAAGUACAUUCAUACAACACUCGUGAGCAUAAUUAAGACAAUGAAUAGCAGUCAGAUUCCUCUUAUGUGUAUUACUGUAAACCUUAUAAAAUCUAAAUACAUUAGUAUAGAAUAUGAAUGCAUUUGUACAGGACUAAAGGAGUCACAGAAUGAAAGAAAAUGACAUGAAUUAUGCUACUCAGUACAGUAGUCACCCUUUGUAUGCACUGUAAAUGGACUUGAACGUUCACUGUCUUAGUAUUUUCUGAAUCCACGAGGGGGCAGUAGUAUAUUUUCUCUGAUUAGAUGAUCUUGACACCGUCAGUGAUCGACCAGAAAAUGACACAGACCUGCUUUCCCGCUCUUUAACGCUUCAAUUUUCUUUUAGUCAUAACAGUGACAACAUCGCAAGUAAAUGAAACAAAUAAAUAAAUAAUCUCUGUUAUGAAGCAGUUA